UAAAAUCUCGCAGAAAUUGACGUCAUUUCGGAAGACAAGUUAGCUAAAGAAAGUUAGCCUGUCAACAGUCUUAACACUGUUAUUUCUAACGGGAAUGUCAUAGGAACUUUUGAGGAAUUAAUUUUUAGUUCUUUAGUAUAUAUAUAUUUUUACGUUUAAAGGAAACAGAGUUUAAGUUAAACGGAUAAGCUGAUAUUUGUGUUAGCAUGUUGCUAUCCUGAGCUACAAAACACCAGGAAGGGUUUUUUUUUUAGAACUUCAGCCUCACUUUGAACUCUUCAGGUAGGAUCACUUUACUUCUGAAAUUUAAACUUAUUCAGACGCUUCGCUUCACUGUUUAUGAGGUAUGAACUGUACGCUAGAGAAAGUCUUGGCAGAUGCUAAGUCCUUGGUAGAAAGGCUCCGUAACCAUGACAACGCAGCUGAGAUGUUGAUUGAACAGACAACAUCUCUCAACAAGAGAGUGGAAGCCAUGAAACAGUACCAGGAAGAGAUUGAUGGAUUAAACCAGGUCGCACGGCACCGGCCUCGUUCCAGUCUGGUGUUAGGAAUCCAGCAGGAGAACCGUCAGAUCCGGGAGCUGCAGCAGGAAAACAAAGAACUACGAACAUCUUUAGAGGAGCAUCAGUCGGCGUUAGAACUCAUCAUGACCAAAUACAGGGAGCAGGUUUUUAGGCUUCUCAUGGCCAGCAAGAGAGACGACCCCACCAUCGUCACCCAGCUGAAGGAGCAGCACACGACGGAAAUGCAAGCACACAUAGACAAGAUCAACGAGAUGGCCUCAGUGAUGCGGAAGGCGAUAGAGGUGGAUGAGGAGCGCGUUUGUGAGGAUGAAGAGAGGAUUAAACAAUUGGAGCAGGAGAACUGUGGCCUCCGAGAGCUGCUGGGGAUCAGCCGCGAGGCUUUCCUGAUCCUGAAGAGGGAGGAGCAGUCGGAGAACACGUCGCUGUCGCCGCUGCUGAGCAGCACCGACGUCAGCCUACGGAAGAGUUAGAGCUGCAGCUGCCACCCUGCCACACUACUGCCAAAGCAGCCAGCGCCCCACAAUGCAUUGCGACAGGUCUUUGUUUUCAGCAUGUAUGAGCCUGUGGCGCCUCAUAAUCCAGAAAGCAGAGAGGCGUGGCUUUGAAUAAAAUAAAUCAUUGAUUGUGA